GUAAACAUUGAAUAAAAAUAUGACAGCUGUUUUCUACGAAAUGAAGUGAUGAUUUUUGUGUUGCAGUUUCUAGUUCGUUUGGCUGUUUAGUGACGAAUUAUAUCAACUUGUACAACGCUGGUAGUGUUUGAAAAAUUUUUUGUAGGAAAUGGAUUGAAAGCGUGUUACAUAGAAACUAGUCUGCGAAAGAUGCACUUGUUACAGCCCAAUUUUGUUAGAGACAACGGAAAUGCGAUGAUCACAUAUCGAAUACUAAGCGAAUUAGAAUGACAUGGAAGAGUAGGUUAACGUCAACCAUCGUGCAGUAGUCGUUGGCAGCUUUAUUCUAUUAUUGUUGUUUACCACACAAGCAUAACCCGCCGCGGCGUAUCAAGCGCUAACCUCAAACAAAGAAGAGAGGAGCAACAUUGAAAGUUGUGAUAUAACAUUUACUACCGCGGGCGUAAGUGUUGAUCGACCCAACGAAAAACAAAAUUUUCAUAUAUUAUAUCCAAAGUUAGGAACCUGAGACUGAAAAAUAUUUGAUCUUGUGUAAAGUGUCUGUUCAGAGCAGCACACGUAAUGGAUCGUGAAAAAAACGAUACGUCUUCCAACACAGGAAUCGCAGGUGGCUUUGCAGGCUGCAUAACACGUUUCAUUUGCCAGCCAUUGGAUGUACUCAAAAUUCGCUUUCAACUGCAAGUGGAACCACUUAGUGAAGACCAUAUGACUUCUAAAUACCGCACUAUUGUGCAAUCAACGAGACUGGUUUACAAGGAGGAAGGUCUUCGUGCUUUCUGGAAGGGCCAUAAUCCGGCCCAGGUGCUAUCUAUCAUCUACGGAGUAUCGCAAUUUUCUUCAUACGAACACUGUAAUCAUCUGUUAAGGAAAAUUAAUACCUUUGAGAAGCAUCAGAACGUGAGAAAUUUUCUAUGUGGCGCUCUUAGCGGUACGGUAGCGACUGUGAUAACCCUUCCUUUAGAUGUGGUUCGUACUCGAUUGAUUUCACAAGAUAUUAAUCGUGGAUAUAGGAACUCUGUUCAAGGUUUAAAAAUGAUCUAUGUUCAUGAGGGACUUAAAGGAAUGUAUCGAGGCCUAGGCCCUGCCGUGCUACAAAUCGCUCCUCUGACUGGAGGGCAGUUUAUGUUUUACAACAUUUUUGGAAGUAUGUUUCGACAGUAUUUCAAUAUAAGUGCCAGUGAAACUCUACCGGCAAUUGAGCUGCUCAUAUGUGGCGGUUUAGCCGGUAUAUGUACCAAGCUUCUUGUAUAUCCGUUGGAUUUGGCUAAAAAAAGACUACAGAUUCAAGGGUUUGCAAAGAGCCGGCAAACGUACGGGAGACACUUUGUAUGUCACAGUAUGUUCAACUGUAUGUACACUAUUGUCAAGCAGGAAGGCUUCGUUGGACUUUACAAAGGAUUGCAUCCUGCAUUGCUGAAAGCAUGCUUCAUGUCGGCUUUCUAUUUUGCAAUAUACGACGAAAUGGUGUGGAUUCUGAACCACUGACAAUAAGCUCCCACGGCGAUAACACUGAACCGUAAACGCUUGGCGACGUCGCUCCCUUGUAAUGGUAUUCUGUCGAUCAUGUUGAUGGAUAAUAUUGUAAAUAAUGGGCUGCUCAGUUAAGUUGCGACAGUCCUUAUAUACUAAAAC